GAUUAGUGGGAACUAUGAAGACGCUGUGGCGGUUAUCCUCAUUACUCGCAAUGUUUGACUUGUCGCUACAUGGAAAAUGCACCGUGAACCCCCCUUACAUCGCUCUUUUGUACUCUAACUAGUGCUCUAAGUGCUGUCCUGCAUGACUGAGGACAGUAGAGCGGAACAAUAGUUGCCAGAGGGCAAGUGUUAGGUUAACGUUGGUGCUCAGCUUGGUGCUGGUGUUCUCCGACAAGUUUGCUGUUUCACAUUUCUUCUCGACUACCAUUGCUGUUAGAAACUUCUAAAGAAUGGGCUGCUUAUGCUUUGGUUCCCAGGAGAACCUUGAGGACCUUUCGGCUCCGCUCGCCCCAGCAAUCCCAAAGCCAGGUGCAGCCAAUGCCCCGCAAGCAGGCGUUGCACCUGGCCAGGGUGCAACUGCCGCACCACCUGCGACCGGCGGGUUGGACGGCACCCCAGCAUUAGCAGCUGGCAAUCCCUUGGCAGCCAGCGGGCAGCGGACAGGGCCAGCAGCGGCUCAGCCCAGAGAGGCAGCGUCCUCAAACCGCUCGUCAUCUGGAGGAGGAGCCGCACAGCGGCCCCAAUCAGCUGGCACUGGGGAUGCCCCGCCAGCCCAAGCAGCGGUUGGACCCUCCGGGGCAUCCGCCAGCAAUGGGGGCCUUGGAGGUUCAGGGGACUACGGUUCCUCACGCGCAAAGCCUAGCAUCGUAAUUCCACCCUCGCCACCCAGUCCACCACGGCCGCCUCCAAAGGCCGCUCAAUGGGACGUUGAUCCUGCCCAGACGAGCAGUGUGCAACAGCAGCAGCAUGUGGAGGAAGCCGAUGCGGAUGAUAUCGUGGUCGACAUGGAGGAGGUGCAGGAGCUGAGCCCCGUUCCCUCUUCGGUUGUCACGCCAGCCUCGCAGCCCGUUUCAGCCCGUGAGUCUACCGGUCCUGGAGGGCCCUACCUGCAUGGGCGCAGCAGCGGUGUCCAACGCAAUCCCCCUCCUCCUGGGCGUAGCCGACCAGCCGUGCGGGCGCCGCCCCUUAGCAGCAGUAGCAGCAGCGGUGACGAACCCAGCGGAUCCGUAACGGCGAGGAGGGGAGCUCCGCCCAGUCCUCCUGGGAAGUCGCCAACGGCGUACUCACAGCGGGGGGCAGCGCCAGUUGAAAACGGGGCGACGCCGGGUGCCCAGAGGGUACCACCCGGUCGCAAGCCGAACACCCGGGAUCCCGCGCCGCCGCUGCCACCGCAGCAGCAGCAGCCGAGGCCGCCGCCUCAGCAGCGCGGGGGACCAGUGUCUAGGAGUGGCAGCAGCCACACGAGCAGCAGGAGCAGUCGCGCAGCAUCUGGCGAUGGGUCGGCUUCUGGAGGCCAGCUGACGCAGCGAUCGCAGCGGCAAUCAAGCAGGCGGUCUACACAAAACCACGACGAUGACGACGACUACGUGACGCCGAGAACUCGUGGGCGGCUAGGUGGCGCCAGCGGCAGCAGUAGCGGCAGCGGGAGCCAUGCACAAACUGGAUCCGUAAAGCCAGUGUCAUCUCGGUCGUCUUCAGGUCGCUUUCAGCAGCAACCGCAGAAGCAGCAGCAGCAACAGCACGUCGAGGCGGAUCACAGGGGCGUCAUGGAGCCGGAAGGCCCUGGUCCGGCCAGUGGCAGGGGCGUCACCCCAAGGACGGUGGCGGUUUCUAGCAAGGCCGUUGCGCGUCCAGCAGGUCCUCAAGCCGGUGCAUCAUUGCUGCAGCAGCAACAACAGGAACAGCAUCGAGCAGACGACGAGGAGGAGAAGGAGGUGCGGAGCAUCCCGCAACAGUCGGCAUUGCAGCACGUGAUGCCAAGGAUUGGUGCGGCUGAGCGGGCCUCGCCCAUGGGCAGACCCUCGCCGCGAGCACCCAGCGGCAGUGACCGGCACUCGGCCCGGCGGGACAGCUUCAUGUCCGAUGACUCAGACCUUUCGCUUCCGGGCGAAUACGAGCGAUACGGUGGCGGAAGCAGCGAGGACGACGAAGCGGCAGACCGGCAGUAUGAGCAGGCCCUCACCGCGGCAGGGGGCCAGGUGGCGCCAGGAGCCACCGCGCGCGCCGGCAGCAUCACGGGGAUGGGUGUCACGCCCCUGAAGGGCCCCGCCACGCACGAUGUCUCGGUGCCGGCGACUGGCGCCCGCGCCGCGGGUUACGAGAACCCCAUGUGGCGGGACGCAGCUGAGGAGGAGGAGAAGAGCUCGCCUGAGGAUGCCCGCAACAAAAUGCUGCAACUGCAGCCGCGAACGAAGCCGCUAGAACCUCACCAGCCCCAGCCUCUGUCCGAAAAGCGCAGCAGCGGGCGGAGCGUGGGAUCUGACUUUGACAGCGACUCCUCCUCUGACGACGACGAACGAAAGGCCUCCCAGCCAGCACCAGCGGCCGCAUGGAAACCUCGGUCUUUGACCGCUGCAACCGCCGUUGAAGUGCAAGAAGGGCCCAGCAAACGCAGCACGGAGCGCAGUGGGAGUAGCGGAGAUGGGGCGACGGGGCGCUCCGGGUCGUCAGGAGGCUGGGACUCCGACGGGGACGGCGAUUCGGACGGGGACGAUGCGGCGCCCUGGGGUCCUUCACAGCAGCAGGAGCAGGAGCAGCUGCAAUCGUCACCGCUGCAGCAGACCAAGGAACCUAUUAAAUGGACGGGUGUGUACGAGGGGCCAGCUGGUCCGCACCAUGGCACCACGGAAGCCCACACAGCCAUCACGACCGUGGCGCAAGCAGCUGCCGCCGCCUCAGCAACUGCUGCUGCGACGCCUGACCCUGAUACGCUGCCUGCGGAGACUUCCGCCGGCAGCAUACCUGCACUCGAGCGGGGAUCGUCGCUUGCGAAGCGGGAAUCGCUCGCGGAGGUAGUAGCACCGGUGGACGUAGCGGACGACACGGCUGCCGCGUCUGAAGCUACAGCGCCCGCACCGCUUUCGGCACGCGGGAAGGCCGCGUCGGCAACCGCGUUGGCGCAAGUAACGCCAACAGAGGUGGCGAUCGAAGCGGGCGAUGCCUUGGCACUCGUAGACGCGCCGGGAGACGUCAUCAAGACUGUGGAAGCCGCGCCUGUCAAGGUCACAACCGCAACCGCAGCCUCGUCUGCCGCUGUGACACCUACGGCCACGACGCCAACCGGCGCGCAUCAACAUGAUGGCGCUUUCGGCGCGCAGACGCCGCCCUUGCAGCCGCGGCGGGCUUCCGCCACAAGCGCAGGAGGCGCCCCCCCUGCAACUCCUACGGCCGCGGAUUCAGGACGGGCAACGUGCCCCGUGACUACCCCUGGAAGGCUCACGUCUCAGACUUCCUUGAAGGGGUCUUCAGCGUCGCAGCAGCCUGCCAAGGCGGCCGCGGCAGCUGCGAUGCCUGUGUCAAUAUCUCAUGGGACAGGGGCCGCUGACAAAGAGCGGUCCGGAGUGGCGUCCGCACCGGCCAACAUCCCGCACUUCAUGCUUCCCACUCGGUCCGCUGCUGCCCACCGGCGCUCCAGCGAUGAGGACAGCGUCCACGGCUUCCAUGGAGCCUCCAACUCUUCCACGGGCAGCGGCGGUCCCAAUGCGGCACGUCACCUCGCUGCGGCGGGUGCAGGCAAGGCUGUGACGCCCAGGCAGCCGGCGCCGCCCCUCAGUCGAACCACCCCUUCCAGGUCAACUCCGGGGACUACACAGCACGUCACGGCGGCGCCGAGCGCAGCUGCGAAGCCCGCAGCACCUACUGCUGCUGCUGCUGGGGCGAAGGCUCCCCCAGCGGCUUCUGCUGCGCCUACGGCGGCGGCGGCGGCUGCCAGGACCCAACCAGCAGCUAGCCAUGGCCAUGCACCGGCACCGGCAGCCGCAAAGCCAGGUCAUGCUGGUGGCACAGGUCACGCUGGCGCGGCUGCCAACGGCAACGGUAAAGCCGCCGCUGCCGCGUCCGACAGCACAACUGCCGUAGCUACGAAGCCAUCAGCAUCAAAGUCUAUGCCCACUACCUCAACGGUGGCCACGAAAGCCCCGGCGGCAUCUUCGGGGACAAUAACAACAGCACCAUCCGCGGCGGCCAGCAAGCCCGCCGCAUCUACAGCGCCGACUUCGGCUACGUCAGAUCCGUCUGCUACAGCAGCAGCGACCAACCCGUCCAAACCCCCGCAGCCCCCACCCGCGCCCGCUGCUUCCCGGAAUGCCGCCGCUGCCCCUGACGCCAGCGGCGCGCCAGCGCCGGCAGCUAAGGAGGCCACCUCCAAGGCGACAUCCGGACCUCCGGCGCCUUCUGCAGCCGCCGCUGCGGCGCCUGGCACUGCGCCAUCCGGUGCGGCUGCUGGGUUGCCUUUUGGCGAGUGGCGCGUGGUGCGUCUGAAGAAGGAGAUGCGCUGCUGCGCAUGUGACGGCACGGUGGAGCAGGAAACGCAUGACGGCAGCCUGGAGGUGUUUCAGUGCGAGGAGGUGCUGCCACCCGGGGCGCUGGCGGCGGUCAUCAGCCACAGCCUGUUCGCGCCGGCAGAGGGCGGCAACGGCGGAGCUGCGCCUCCGCCACAGCCCAAGACCUGGGUCUUCUGCCCCGAUCCUCUCUGCAUGGAGAGCAAGCCAGCUGGCUCCAAUCUGCCGCAAUGGCCGUCCAAGAUUAUCCUUGCGGGCGGCGUCAAGGUAACACGCGCUGAGUACGACCACCUGAAGGGCUUGGGACUGGACGUGACGCUUCCGCCCAAAACCUCCGUCACUGCCCCGGCGGCAGGCAGCGGUUAGGGGGCUGUAAGCGCUGCAUUGGCCUGGCCGGUAGUGGCAUUGAUUGCGGCGAUAUGGGUGCUAUUGCUGCUUUUUAUUAUGUUGGCGUCUUGCUGUGUGUCUGGGGGUGGUGAGUAGGGCAGCUUUGGUGUUGGAGGGCUCGGGGACGGGUCCAACUUGUAAGGGCGCUUGGUGCCAGCGAGUAUGGAUGGCCCGUUCUGGAGUCGACUACUGUUGAUUUUCAUCAAGGUGGCCUAGCGCUGGGCAUGAAAAGUACGGCAGAAGGGCGUUGGCUUGUUGAAGUAUGUGCUUGCGGUUUGGGGGGUGAAUAAAACACGUUGCCUACUUGCCUUACAUGGCCGCUUUAGACGAACUUUGCGUUAGACCUCCUUGCGUCGACCCUGCAUGCCGUGCGUGUCUCGUCAAACUACAACUGCGCAUCUGCAACCGCGACCCCUCCUAUCAUCAGUUUUGCCAUGCGUGCACGCGCGUGAGCUCGGUCUUGUUUAUGGUUAUAAUGGUUUACGGUGCCUGCCUGGGUAUCUCACCGAUCACCCUGAUCGCCUUUUCGUAUUGCGCUUCUGUGCUUAAUCUCUUGAUGCGCCGUCCCCGGAUGCACAUGACCUAGCUAACUGGUGACCAAAGCCUAUGGACGUGUUGCGUGGGUUUGGGGGCUUAGUGAAAUAGUCGUGCAUGUCCCCUUUUAACUUAGUAUAUAGCAACUUAACACGCGACCCGUGCCUUGUGAUAUGACCGGUAUGCGACAGAGAAUUUGUCGUAACUAAGGGCGCGCGUUGUUCAUGUUGGGUGAUCGAAGGCAAGGCAUACUUGACGCCUUUCUUGGCUAUGUUUAAAUGUUUCUGUCAGAUGCCACUGGUAGCGAAUGUGGACAAAGCGUAGUUCGUACAUUGCGUUAUUGGUAUUGGUAGCUUCUUCUGACGGGGUGCUGAAGUCCGCCGGCUUGCCUGUCAGCGGGCCCGAACGCGAACGUGUGGACGCGGUUGCUCGCUUCCCAGCCCAACCUGCCGGGCGCUCAUUCAUGAGACACUAAUUGGACUGAAGUGGGGACUUGGCCGCGCGCGCGGGCCGUGAGGUGUCAGGUACACGGGCCUGCGAUGAAGGCCUGCAGGGUAGCAGCUCCGUCCGGGGCUGGAACAGGGGGUAGAAAUGGUGGAUGACAAGGGCGGGAAUAGCAUCUUUUCCGUUCAUGUCCGGAUGACUGUUGGUGAACAAGAGCGUCAUAUAAGGAACAUAAGGUGCCCAUCGGUGGCCACCCCAACUAUCGGUUAGCGAGGCACACAGCCAUAUCCCUUGCUCUGUUCAGUUCACGGCCUGCCCUUACUUGUAACAUACCAAUGCUUCUUUUCCCG